AUGGCUGAUGGAAACGUCACCACCGUGACAGAGUUUAUUUUCCUAGGACUAACAGAUCAUCCAGAGCUGCAGGUCCCACUCUUCACGGUGUUCCUAGUGAUCUAUCUUAUCACCCUGAUUGGGAAUCUUGGGAUGAUCGUAUUAAUCAGGAGUGAUCCCCAACUUCACACCCCCAUGUACUUCUUCCUCAUUAACUUGUCCCUGGUUGAUUUCUGCUACUCCUCUGUCAUCACCCCCAAGUUGCUGGUGGGCUUCUUGGCUGGGAACAAAGUCAUUUCUUUCAACGGCUGUGCAACCCAAUUCUUUUUCUUUAGCUCAUUUGUGGGUAUUGAGUGCCUCUUGCUGGCUGUGAUGGCAUAUGACAGGUACGUGGCGAUCUGUAACCCACUGCUCUAUACAGUCAUCAUGUCCCACAGAGUCUGUGUCCUGCUGGUGGCCGGUUCCUUUCUAGCUGGGUUUGUCAACUCGAUGAUACACACCAUCUGUAUGUUUCAGUUACCCUUCUGUGCCUCCAACAUCAUCAACCACUUUUUCUGUGACGUCCCUCCUCUGCUGAAGCUCUCCUGUGCCGAUACCUUCAUCAACGAGGUGGUGAUCUUUGCCUUCGCCAGCUUAAUUGAAAUCAGCUGCCUCCUCACCGUCCUUAUCUCCUACCUGUACAUCCUCUCUGCCAUCCUGAGGAUCCGCUCCACCGAGGGCAGGCACAAAGUCUUCUCCACCUGUGCCUCGCACCUGACGGCAGUCACUGUCUUCUUUGGGACAACUCUCUUCAUGUAUCUGCGACCCAGCUCCAGCUCCUCCAUGGACCGAGACAAAGUGGUCUCUGUGUUCUACACAGUGGUGAUCCCCAUGCUGAACCCCUUGAUCUACAGCCUAAGGAACAAGGAGGUGAAGGACGCCCUAAGGAGAGGGUUUGGGAGGAAAAUCUUUAGUUAGGGAAAGACUUUGAAACAUGCUUCACCAAGGACUAAGGCAUUGGGACUGAUGCAAGUUAGUGAUUUGCUGUACUGGUAGAAUGGAGUGGUGGGUUCUAUGGCUUUAGGGUAGUUUGUCUAUUUAGUGCCUGUAUACAUUAAAUGGAUAUGCACAACAGAUGAGGCGAUGUGUGCUGUAAGCCAUACGGUGCUGCUGGCAGAUUAUUCAUCUCCCAAUGUGUUGUGUUUGAGAGUGUGCCACAUGUAUCUGGGUUAUAAGUAUGUUGUUGUGUUUGUGGAUGCAGUGUUUAUCUGGUUGUCUAUAUUAGCAUGGGUGUGUGCAUACAUAUAUCCUGAGGUAAUCAGUGUGUGUCUCUGGCAUGUUUGUCUAUGGCUGUCUGCUCUGUAUGUGGAGUGUUGUGGUGGCGUUUGCAUGUUUGUGUCUGUGGGUGUACAUGUUUGUGAGUACAUA